CCCCUUUUUUUUACAUUAACUGAAAUGAAUUACUUUAAGUAGUAUAACAGCUAUUAACAUCCAUUCAUGUCAUUCGCACGCUCUUUGUGCCACUUGCGCGGUUGAUGCCCAUCGCGGGCAGUCGUACGCACUAAAGAACACCUCAUUACAAGGAAACGAACUCUUCCCUACAGGCUGACUACUCCGCCUCAGUAUUUAGCCAUCAGCGCGCCGUGCUCCUCUGUACAGUUUGCUCUCAGGUUAGUGUCUGGGUGAGCUCUGGGGACUCCCUGUCGGAGGAGCUGACAGAAUGGACGGACAGUAACCGUACUCAUCUCUUUAGGUUACCACUCUCAUUUCCUGCCAGAAGGCUUUUUCAUCUCCACUGUGUUACUACCCAGUCAGACACCUGUCGCGUUUAGGAUUCAGCGAUGAGAGGACGAUGGAGCUCAUAUUCCAUGUCUGUGUUGGUCUCUUUGAUCGUACUGUGGCACACUCGGUCAAAAGCAGAUUCCAAUUCAACACGUAACUCCAAAGACAUCACAACCUUCACCAAGAUUUUGGACAGUCUGCUGGAUGGAUAUGACAACAGACUGAGACCUGGGCUGGGAGACCGAGUAACAGAAGUGAAGACUGACAUCUACGUGACCAGUUUUGGUCCGGUGUCUGACACAGAUAUGGAGUACACUGUAGAUGUUUUCUUCCGUCAGAGUUGGAAGGAUGAGCGAUUGAAGUUCCAUGGACCCAUGAACAUCCUGCCACUCAAUAACCUGAUGGCCAGUAAGAUCUGGACUCCUGAUACCUUCUUCCAUAAUGGCAAGAAAUCUGUGGCCCACAACAUGACAAUGCCCAACAAGCUUCUGCGGAUCAUGGAGGAUGGAACUUUGCUCUACACUAUGAGGCUAACAGUUCAAGCUGAGUGUCCCAUGCACCUGGAAGACUUCCCCAUGGAUUCUCACUCAUGUCCUCUUAAGUUUGGCAGCUAUGCCUACACGAAAACAGAAGUUACUUACAUCUGGACUCGUAAUGCCUCCCAGUCAGUGGAUGUGGCUGCUGAUGGAUCCAGACUCAACCAGUAUGACUUGGUGGGCCAGACUGUGGGGAAAGAGACCAUUAAAUCCAGCACUGGUGAAUACACAGUCAUGACAGCUCACUUCCAUCUGAAGAGGAAGAUCGGCUACUUUGUGAUCCAGACAUAUCUGCCCUGUAUAAUGACCGUCAUCCUCUCCCAGGUCUCCUUCUGGCUCAAUCGAGAGUCUGUGCCAGCCAGAACCGUCUUUGGUGUAACUACAGUUCUAACAAUGACAACCCUGAGUAUUAGUGCCCGUAAUUCACUGCCCAAGGUGGCCUAUGCUACCGCUAUGGACUGGUUCAUCGCUGUGUGUUACGCCUUUGUCUUCUCUGCGCUCAUUGAAUUUGCUACUGUCAACUACUUCACCAAGCGAGGCUGGGCCUGGGAUGGAAAAAGUGUUGUCAAUGACAAGAAAAAGGAAGCGUCCAUCGUGAAGAAGAAUAACGCCUAUGCUGUAGCUGUGGCAAACUAUGCUCCCAACAUCACUAAAGACUCCACGCUGCCCACCAUCUCCAAGUGUGCUCUGAGCGACCCCCUCAAGACCACAGCAGAGACGAAGCCCGAGCAGAACAAGAAAACCUUUAACAGCGUCAGCAAGAUCGACCGCAUCUCCCGCAUCAUGUUCCCUGUGCUGUUCGGGAGCUUUAAUCUUGUCUAUUGGGCCACCUACCUGAACAGAGAACCGGUCAUUAAAGACCUGGACCCUUCCAAGUGAACCGUAAGAACUCCAAACAUACAUCUCAUUCAGGAUGUAUACAUCUUUCGGUAGUCAUUGUUGUCAAUCAGAUACUGUUUACAUGCAAUUCUCCUCUGUUUCAUUACUGACAACAGAUGCAGGUAAACAACAUAUCAGUGUUAGAAUAAACUUAAGAUCUUACAUUUCAAGAGAAAACCAGGUAUCUUAGCAGUUUAUUGUCAAAGAGGUUACUCUUAGUUUCAUCAGUGUUGGUUGGUCACUGCAUUCACACUGUAUUAAAAGGGACAUUUCAUCCCUAUUAUGGCCUCAAAAAUUAAUGACGAGGUAACUUUUAGAAAACACUAUUGCCAAAAAAUGCUAAAUAUUUUAUGUUUAAAGCUUCCGGACUCAAUAUUUUUAUAUUAGAAAUGGAUAAAAUGACUGUGAAAGGGGAUAAACCCCCAGUGAUUUCUCACCAAACUCUAGACUUCCCCUCAGCUCUUCAGUCUCUUUCAUGUCAGUGUUUUGCAGAGCAGUUUUCUGCUGUCUUUCAGCGAUCUCAAGUACUUUACCAAAACAACUGUUUUUCCCUGCCCCCUGCCAGUUCUAAUGACUUUCCAUUAUUCUGAGCAUUUUUACUUCAAAUAAAUGAACUGUCAACCUCUACUUGAAUAAGAGAAAGAGGAUGGUCGUGGCCAAUAAAGUAUCGUUCAGGGAAACAACUAAAACAUAAAAAGUUUCUUCUUUCAUCUUUAUACUUAAAAGUCCUGCGUCCACUCCUGCACCUGUUUGUGCAAUAAGAAACAUGCUUUAUGUAUACAUAUGGUUUAAUGCUGUAUAAAUCAACAGCCAGCAUCGUCAUUCUGUUUUCUGAAGAGCUGCUAUAUCAGCUGUAUCAACAGCUGGCAGGAGGUAAAUUAAAAAAAAAAAAAAUGUAAUUUCCAUCAACACUCCAUAAAACAAUCCACAGACUGUUUUAUUAUAAUUGUGAGGUGUGAUACUGAUGGCUUAUGAAAACCAUAAUUUCGAGAAAAUGUCUCUGAAUUUUAUUUUGCUAUUUUAUAAACACUAAUGAGUCUGCGUUUCUCCACUAGUAUUUACUUGCACUCUUGACAGUUUUUGUCAUUAAUAAACCUCCAUAUUCAUGGCGCAGCAGGGAGUUGGGAAACAGCAAGUCAGCACUCGUCAGCUGAAAACACAGCACUGUUGGGUGUCGUCUUCUGAACACUAAACACCCCCUGUACCCUCCCCACUGUCAUCCCAUUGCUCCUCGGCCUGUUCACAGUGAACAGUUAUUACCGGGCAAAAACUGAUUUGGAAGGAAGUAGCCUGGUCCUGUGGGGACAGCGGGUUGUCAUAUUAAAACCUAUACCCCAUCAGAGUCGCUUAACCGCCAUCACAUCCAGGGCUAUACUCACUCACUCACUCUGUAGCUUCUGUACAGGGUUUUAGGCUGAAUUCCCCCUCUGCUUCCCCACAUGGACUGCGUCACACUGUGGAAGAUAAUUCUGACUAGAUACAAAUGUGUGAGAAUGUGUCUCUCUGUGUGUGAAAUAUAUGUGUCUUUGUGGGUCUCUGUAUUUAUUUCAAUGGUUGUUUUGUUUUAUUGUAAACUUUUUAAAUGCAAUGUAUCAGUAGCAAAGGACAGAUACAUAUUCAAGUCUCUACUUACACCCCCCUUACAAGAGAAUACUGCAUCCAUAGUACUGCAUUCUUUGAAUUAUGUGUAGUCUUUGUGUGAAGUUUUUGAAAUUUUGAAACAGUUUUUCACUCUCUUAAGCUAUGAGAUAUGUUGAAUAUUUUUUCCUUCUUGUACACUUGACCCUAUCUGUGUUUCUUUAAGUGAUUCAUACUGACCACUAGUACAAAAUUGUGUCAUUCACUGACAACAAAUCUCAGUUUUAUUAAGAAAAAAAAUAUGUAUAAUAUGAUGGCCCUUCAUUUAGAAAAACCUGUCAUAUGCACUUUAUUUUUCAUACUGUUCAGUAAUGCUCAGUUUCUACAUUUUCUCUGUCAGCUCUGAUCUAACAAAGCAUAGUCCAGUUAGCAAAAAAAAAUAAAAAAUGAAGACAUAAUCUCCACCUCAGACUCUAUCUGUGAACACUUGAGCAAGACUAGCAACAUCCACUGAGAAGAGGUCCUUACCCAGGAGUCAGUGGACAUGAAUGUUUUCUCAUUCAAGGUUGUUAUUGAUGUGUCCUUUCUUGUUUGUGACACACAGAUAAUUCUAUAUUUACAUUAAAAAUAUGUUGCUCGUUUAUUGUGACGCAUUAAUCGCCUUUAUGUCACCUUUAUCAUUGUUUCCUUGUAAUUUUUUUUUUUUAUUCAAAUAAACUGUACUUAGUCAGC